CUGAACAGAACGAAGCGAAACCAUAAGAAUCGAUAACAUAUAUUUUACGAGGUUUGGUCCUGAUUUACGGGACUAUUUUCAAUUGAGUUUAUAGAUCUCAGUCUCAAGGAUAGAACGGUCGUCUUGAAAGAUUCAUUUUUAAAGCAAUGAUAAUUCUACAUGUAUCUGCUGAAUAAUUUAUCAUUUCAUAAAAAUUAGAUCAAAACCGUACCUGAAAUGAAGUGGACGAAUGAAUUUACAUAAAUAAUAUAAUUGAUAAUGAGAUGUGAACAUCAAUAAAAUAAAUCCAAACAAAUAAUCAUCUAAUUACCGAAAGAUGAACGUUUAAAUUAAACAAAUGAUAUGCUUUAAUAGUAUAAUACACAACAUGAUGCUAAGUAAUAAAUGACUUUUUCUGCAAAAAAAACUCGAAAUAUUAGAAAGCAAUUACACUGGAUGAAGACAACGCUAUAGAGUAAUUCGUACUUUAUAAAUCAUCAUCGAAAAUAUCGUACAAAAAAUAUAAAAAACUUCAAUUUCAGAUUCAAAUGAAAUUUUGUUCUAUAAAAAAAGGACACCAAAGCAUUACAACACAAACAUUUAAAAAUUAUUUAAAAAUAUUUUUUUAAGAGACAAAAAACUCAAUUUACACAUGGAUACAAUGUGUGUCAUACAAACAAAAAUAAAACGUUGGUACUAGUAAUGUGCCAACAUGAAAUAAAACAACGACUAAGAAGGAAUUUUAAGGCUAAAAAGUUAGAGUCAAUAUAAAAUUAAGGAAUAAAUAAUUAAAUCGAAUCAUAUUGUGUAUGAUGAAUGAAAUUGACAGUAGAAUGAAUAUUAGUGCUAUAGUAAAUAAAAAACACUGAAACAGUGACAAAACUGAAAAAAGUGUAGUAAUUCGCCCACUGAUAAAAAAGUACCUUGUUUCAUUCAGCUCAAUUUAAACGAAGUGUAACAAAGGCACAAAAAAAAAUAUUUGAAAAGGAAAUCGAAUAAAAAUAACAAAUAAAUAAAUAUACUUGUGUUAAACAAUGAAAUGGAUAGUCUUGGGUUGAAAGUAUGCGAGUGAGAGUACAAAAAAACACGACAAUAAAAUAAACGGAAUCAUGCGGGAAUCGGUAAUCAAUCAUUGUAUUCGAAUGAGAAAUAUUGAUGUAACUGGUCCAGUCUAGAGAGGAAUAUAUAUAGUCCUUCUCUAGUUAGCUCACAACUCAAGCAAUAUAAACACAACACUUGUCUGUAUAUAUACUAACAGAGACUUAUAGAAAAACUCAACCGCAAGCGUAUAGCAAUAAACAAAAGAGGAGCAAAAACCAUAACAACGACAAUAAAGCACACCAAAGAUCUUUUUCGAGAAAGUCGAAUAUGGAAAAAAUCUAAAAUUAAAAAAAUAGCCAACAAUACAAAUCGCACAAAUAUGUUCGAAUACCAACAAUGAAAAUCAACAAGAAACACCCAAAAAUAAAUAUGAAUUAAACUUCGGAAGUGUACUAAAUGAUCUGAAAGUGAAGUAGAAAUACAUCAUCGACAAAAAAUAGUAAUAAAGAUAUAAAUUAUAAAUAUAACGGUAAAAAUAAAGCGAUUUUGUGGAACAAAAGAGUGAAAAGCGCUUGCCAACCAGUGCCAGUGUCAAAGACGGCGGAGACGAAGAUCCAAAAUAUUAAAAGAAAUAGUGAAACCAAUCGAAAGAGAGAAACAGAAAACGAGUGAGAGUGUGAAAUAGAAUAGCACGAAGGAAGAAGCAUGCAAUAUUGCUUCUGUAUAGAAGCUGGAAAACGUUGAACCUAGAUUGAAAGCGCAAAGAGUGAAUAAAAGCACAUAAUAAAGUACAAGUCUAUACAAAAUGUUGCUUAUGAUCAUAAUCCACACUCUUGCACGUAUGUCCUGCUGUCGUGCAUGGCUUUUGUACAUAGUUGUACUGCUCAUGUUCAACAGAACUGAAAUGGUGAAAUAUGCCUCACCGCCGUCCUCCUCAUCCAUUUCAAUAAAUAACAAUAGUUUUCGAAAUGACUCUCGGCUGCUUGUAACGCACUUCGAGCGAACGGCACCUGUCAACACAAUGCCGUACAUGAACAGUCUAGGCACUAAUCGUGGUGGUGGACGAACAACUAUUCUGAGCCAUUCUCGAAACGGAUUGCCAUCAAGAUCAAAUAAAUGGUCAAGUGACUUUGGCCGAUUAAUUCGAACAGGCGGUGACAUAAUAUUGGGUGGCAUAUUUCCAAUGCACGAGCAUAAUAUCAAUAAUCCCGAAUAUCCAUGCGGAAUGGUUAAGGAGGAAAAAGGUAUACAACGGCUUGAAGCCAUGAUGUAUGCAUUAGACAAAAUUAACAAGAACGACAAUGAUCUAUUGCCGAACGUAACGCUCGGGUCGUUAAUCAUUGACUCGUGUAGCAGCGAUACCUAUGCACUCGAGCAAUCGAUGGAAUUCGUACGUUAUUAUAUGAAUCAGGAUAUGUCUGAGUACAAGUGUGAAAAUGGCAAACCACCAAUUUUCAUACCACAUAAACCGGUUUCUGGUGUUAUUGGGGCUUCAUUCAGCGUAGUUUCAAUAAUGGUGGCAAAUAUUCUACGAUUAUUUCGGGUAAGUAUGCUUUUAUUAACAUAUUAUUUUAUUGUUAACCAUUCAUAUGAAACCCGAGCUGUCAAUACCAAUAGCGCCACAACAAUUACUCACCA